CUAAAAAUUAGAUCGUUUUUCUCUCUUGUUUUCUCGCUGCUCUCUUUCUAACUCAUUCCUUACCUCCCUCUGUCUCUCUCUACAUUUCUUUCACGCUUCACUCUCUCUAUGUUCUCUCGCUACCUUAUUUUUCCUCUCUCUCUCUGAUUUUCGCUUCACGCUCUGUACUCUCUCUCUCUUUCUCUCUCUCUCACACUAAAUAUAUAGGAGCAGAGCACAUGAUUUUGCGUCAAUAAUGCCAUUUCGCUUUCUGUAAAGGCUUGUGAUCGCAGUGAAGAGAGAGAGAGACCGAUAGAGAAAUCUGGAACAUGCUAAGGUCAACCAUAUUUGAGAUUUAAGUGGUGACUUUUUGUGGCAUGAAUUUGGUCACAUCAUAUUUUUCCAAAUUUGCAAGCAGUUGAGAACACUAGCUUAACAAGUUAUUUCUGGGAACUGACAAUUUUACAAGCGACAAAGGCUUAUUUCUUGGAAGGCUAUGGUAACUCCUUUACAUUAUGUAUUUGUUUAAUUUGUGUUUCCAAGUCAGCAUUUUACUUUCUUCUGCUGCUCUUAAAUGCUUCGAUGCAUUUGUUCAGGCUACCAAUGAAAAUCUUCCACCCACUGUUAUAAGAGAACUUGCAAAGGAGUUGAAGAAUCUUGAUGAGACUCCACCCGAGGGAAUUAAAGUUGGCAUAAAUGAUGAUAACUUUUCUACUAUAUAUGCAGACAUAGAGGGUCCAGCUGGUACCCCCUAUGAAAAUGGUGUUUUCCGGAUGAAGUUGGUGUUAUCUCAUGACUUUCCACACUCACCUCCUAAGGGUUACUUUUUGACUAAAAUCUUUCAUCCAAAUGUUGCCACCAAUGGUGAGAUUUGUGUGAACACCUUGAAGAAGGAUUGGAACCCCAGUCUUGGAUUGCGCCAUGUGCUUCUUGUUGUCAGAUGUCUACUGAUAGAACCCUUCCCAGAAUCAGCUUUGAAUGAACAAGCUGGUAAGAUGUUGCUUGAAGAUUAUGAGGAAUAUGCUCGGCAUGCCAGGCUCUACACCGGCAUCCAUGCCCUCAAGCCCAAGGCCAAGCCCAAGACUGCCAUCUCAGAGUCCACCACCGCCCUAAAUGUGGACCAGACCAACACAGUAGUGGGCCCUGCUGCAGCAGCAGCAGCAGCCCCUCUUCCACCUCUCUCCUCUUGCAUGGGCAACAACAACAACAACAAGAGUAGUGGCCAAGAGAAUGCAAGCUCAACCACUGCUGACGCAAUCCCACCUCUAAACACACUGCAAAAGAAGGAAGGUAGUAGUGUUGUGAUAGGUGUGGGUAACAAAGUUCAGGUUGAUAAGAAGAAGAUGGAUGCUAGAAAGAAGAGCUUGAAAAGAUUAUAAGGGGGGGGAGAGAGAGAGUAGGAAAGCAAAGAGUUGAUGGCGGUUUUCCACUUAGGACACUUCCAUCCAUCACUGUAGAAGAAGUGAUUUUUGUGCUUAAGAGUAUAAUCAAAUCCGUUUUGAGAGAAGGAAGAAAAUUUGGAGGGGUUUGAAUCGAAAGAUUGGGCGGAGACGGUUAUAUAAUAAAAAAGGAGGAACUUGAUUUUCCCUUGUUCGUGUGAAAUGGUGACUCUUUUAGCUUCUUUUUAUUAAAUUUGUUUUUCCUUCCAUUUUUUUGGGGUUACUUGAAACUAUAGCCCUGUUUGGAGAGAGCGCUGUCUUAACAUGGACAAUUCAAAAUAUCAAUCAUAUGGGAUUAUGUGUACAAAAGA